AUGACGGCGCGAAUAAGGCGUGGACUGGUGCUGUGGGAUGAUAAUCAGAAGAUGACGGCGCGAACUAGGUGUGGUCUGGUGCUGUGGUUUUCAGGAUUUGAGGGACAACAUCUUGAGGUAGGUGUCACUGUGUAUGGCCGUAUCAGCUACGCCCAUCAUAUGUAUGAUGUACAAUAUAUUGGUCAAAGUGCAGACUUUAUAAAUGUCAUGGCCUACAAUUAUACAGGUGAAGGUUGGACCUACACCAUAGGUGACGAUCAUGUUCGAAAAUCUGCCAGCCGAAGAAUUGAUAAGGAUUGGAUAACAUAUGAUGCUCCGCUUUAUGGACGAGAUGAUAAUAAUGUGAAAGCUUCCAUCGAUUAUUGGUUAGAUAAUGGAGCUCCUCCAUCAAAAGUUAAUUUGGGUAUAGCUUUUGUUGGCACCAAUGUUCAGAUAGAACAAAGUCUAGCUCUGGAAACACGUGUCAAAUCAAUUGGUCCUGGCCUAAGAGGUUUUUACACUUGGGAAACUGGUCACAUGGCUUACAUUGAGUUAUGUCGAAUUCAACAGAGGCUGCAACAAUUGAAAAAUGGUUCUGUGGAGACCGAUUCCAUGCAUAAAUCAACUAUUAUGCAAUAUCGCAACUAUUGGUGGAGUUAUGAAAGUCCCAUGAGUCUGGAGGCAAAAAUGGAUUAUCUUGCCGAAAAGAACCUGGGAGGUGUAAUGGUUUGGUCCUUGGAGAAUGAUGAUUUUCUUGGAAGAUGUGGCGUCAAGUUCCCAUUACUUAAGUAUAUCUCAAGAAGAUUGGAUGAUAACAUCGAGUGCACACCGGGAAGAUGUUGUAUAAAAACAACCCAUCGUUUACGGAAUUGCCGCAAUCACUAUUAG